AUGGGGCUGGGCCCGCGGCCUGAUGAGGAGGCGCCCGGGGGGCUGGCCCGCGAUAUAAAUGAGUCACCCUGCCAGAAAAAGAGGAGUUUGGACAAGUAUCGACCAUAUGCACCGCAAGAGCAAGAGUUCCUGAAAACUGUAAGUAUGAAAAACUAUGAAAAUAUGGAAUCCAGGAUCCGAAAAGUUCUGAACAUUGCGUACAAGAAGCUGACCAACUCUCUGUCCCAGGAUACUAUAUCGGACAAGACUAAAUAUCUCAAGAACCGCCUCCUUGCCUUGAAAGAAAAGUCUUCUCUGGACCCCAUUUACAUUGGGCUCUUUGGCAGCACCGGGGCUGGGAAGAGCUCACUGUUCAACGCCAUCAUCGACAAGCAGUUCUUCCUGCCAGUGUCGGGGAACCAAGCCUGCACCUCGUGCAUGGUGCAAGUCAACAGCAGCCGGAGCAAAAACUACGAGGCAAAAAUUCACCUUCUGUCAUCACAGGAAUGGAAGGAGGAACUGAAGAAUCUGGUGGCGCUUCUGCGGAAAUCCAGAGAGGAGGAAGAAGAGGAGGAGGAAGGGGAGGACGAGGAUGUUGUAAGUGAAGCUGUUCAAAAGCUUCAAGCGCUCUAUGGGAGAGAUGCUGAAAAGAGAUCUUAUGAAGACCUGUUGAGGGCAAAGCCCCUAGUAAAUAUCCCUUCCUCAAAAUGUAUUCGCCUCCAGGCAGCGCAGGCAAAAGAACUUUCUGACAAACUGGACCCUUAUGUGCGGUGUCAAAGUGACAAGGAUGAGGAGGAGCCAGCACUGGAUGAAGAGAAAGGCAAGAUGCGACUGUGGCCACUAAUCAAGUACGUGGAAGUGACGAUUCCGAAGUCCAACAUGAUUCCAGAAUGUGUCGUGUUUAUGGAUAUUCCCGGGACAGGAGAUUACAACAGCCAAAGGGACGAAAUGUGGAAAGAGAGCAUCAAUAAAUGUUCAGUCAUCUGGGUUAUCGCCGACAUCGAACGAGUUCUGGGGGGCAAAGUCCAUGAAGUGCUGCUGACAGAGAGCAUCAAAGCUUACCAAGGCGGGAUGUGCAGUGACAUCGCUCUGGUGGUCACCAAGUCUGAUAAGCUGGACCUGAAGGAAUACCUGAGGGAAAGAAAAGAGAAACAUAAACCUGUAGAAAACAAACACGAUGCUAUUUUAGAGAGGAAUGCAACCGUGAAAGGGAAGAAAAUCAAAGGAAUGAAGACAAAGCUCGGGAGAAUACUGCCGAGUGACUCAGAAAUUCUGAACAAGGCUGAUCUCGUUUACACGGUCAGUGCUAAAGAAUACUGGCGGAAGAAGCAUAUCACUAAGGAAGAGUCAGAGAUCCCCAAGCUGAGAGAGUACAUCAGGAAUAUCUAUCUGAAAGAGAAGAAGAAGCUGCUAGUGGAUUAUGUGACAGAGGCUCUCAGCAUUGUCCUGUUGGCUGAGAAUUUUAACUGCACACGAGACAUGGUGGAUCAUUAUGAGCGGAGCGGCUUGGAAGGCUUUGUGGGGGACAAGAUCAAGGCUUUGGAGAAGGAGAUUGAGAAAUGUUUUGCCCAGCUGGAACAGCCCCUUGACAAUGGUGUGAAGCAAGCAAAAUCAUCUUACCAAAUAGCAUUCACUCGGCUCCUUAUCCGAGAAACUGGAUACCAAGGCUUCCACAAGACACUGAAAGCCGUGUGCCAGAAGAAUGGUGUAUACGCGUCCCGGGUCUUCGCCCGCAUAGACCUCAACGGUGCCCUCGCUCAGCCCAUGUAUGACAAAAUUGACCCCACGUUCGCAAACAUAUUCAGGAUCCAAAAGGGAACCAGAGCCUCACUGAAGCCUUGUCUUGAUAUAUUCAAAGACUCGGUGCAGGAGAAAAUCAGCGAAGUUGUGAAGAAGAGCCCAGUGACCAGUGACCGCUGCAAGCUCAACUUCUUCAUUGAGGAAACAAACAUCAUCCUGAGGACCACAGAAAGAGAGAUCCUUAAGAAGAAGAUGGCUGUCUACCAGUCCCUUCCGCUGUCCAUCCAGAGUGACCUAAAGCCUUACUAUGAAGAGGCGGCUAAGAUCCAGGGGCCGCGAUCCUGCCAGAGGAUGCAAAAUAUCCUCAGGGAGAACAUUGAUAAAAAGGCAAAGGAUGGAAUGUUUGAGAAGGCAAAGGAGAAGUUGAAGAUGCAGCUCCAGGAACUGAAGGACUAUGUUGUGACAAAGCUGCAGACAGACAUUUCCACCAUGCUCAAACUUGCCUUGUCUCACCGGGAAGAACUCACCGAGAGGCUACCAGACCUACAGGAGGAAUACCAAGAAAUUGAAGAGAUUUACAAAGCGCUGCAAAGAAAGAGACGUUCUUAA